UGACAGUUCGAUCAGCUGUUGUGAAAUGACAUCUCCAAAAAACUAAUAUUGACAUUGCGUUGGAAUUCAAGUUUUUUUCCUUUUAUUAACUAAAACAACAGAAGUUUAUUUCUCAAAAUGGGUUUAUUAACUCAAAAACAAAUAAAAUGAUAUUCGCCAAAGGAAUAACUUAACAAUAAUCAAAAUUAAGCUCCAAAAAACAGAGACAAAAAUCAAGCUGGAAAACUUAGGAUUUUAUAUAAUAAAAUUAAUCUUUCCAACAAUCCGGCUUAAUAAACAAAAGUGAAGCAAAAAAUCCAAAGGAAAAAAGGAAUCUACCAGAAAAAAAUGGGAUCGGAACAAAGUGCUCAAGCAACUGGUGCUCAAAGCUCAGAAGGAACAAGAGCGAGAAUAGCUCAACUUCGACGGGGAAAAAGUGUCCCAAACAGAGAAACAGUUCCCGACGAUACACCACCUCGAUGUACAAGUCCCGGUCCUAGUAUUUGUUCAGAUUCCGAUUUGCCUUACAUAUCCUACACAGUGAACAGACCAAUAGGCGAUUCACCAAAAAUGACCAACAAACAGGCCCAAUUAACCCGAGGAAAGAGUGUCGGUCAAGAAGUAACGAGACGAAAAUCAAAUAUACCAUCUGGCAUUGGACAUAAGAAAAUGCACAAUAUUGUCGUGGUGAAACCGGCAAUUUCCGAUCCAACAGCCGACAAGGAUCCCGAUUUAAAGAAACUAUUGAAAAUACCCAUGUUUCUACCGAUAAUGAGGGGAACACUAAAUCUACCACCUGGUGUUCGUGAUCCAGAAGUAUUAGAGAGAUUAGAUCCAAUUGGAUUAUUUAAUUUAUGCGCGAGAUAUCAACAUCAUUUGAAUAAUAGUGCUCAAUAUGUUGCGAGUGAACAACUCGCCUUAUGCACAAGUGUUGAUGGUGAAGUAACGCGACUACUGGGAAUUGCAACCGAGAGACAGAAGAAAUUUGCAAAAUUCGCUGAGCAAUUGGGAAAAAUUCAUGAGCUCAGCAGACAACUCACAAAGUGCCAUAUGCAACUUAAUCAGACGUUGGAGAGUUUAGAGACGUUGAAUAAUUUACUACCAAUUGAAGAGAGGCUGGAACCUUUCGUCUGGACUACAGGAUAAGUUAUUUUUUGUGAUUUCGUUUCGUUCUAAAAAAAAUUGUUUUUAAACAUUUACGACAAUUAAAAGGUACAACUGAACCUUAUAUCUUUAUUUAUAAAUUAUUCUAAAAAUGAAAAUAAAUCAAUAUUUGUUUGAAAA